UCCUUGAGAAAUUGUGUUGAGUUGAUUCAUCUUCUCGGUAAGAAUUUUAUAAAAUUCUAAAACGGCGCGAAUCACAUUGAUCCAAAUGAUGUAGAGGAUUGAGGGCAGAUGCUUAUGGCUAACUAUUCAUAGCUUGAGAACGAGGAAUAAGGUUGCGUUUUUUGCGCACAACCGUGUGCGCUCACGGUACUUACACCCGAAGAACGAGCCAGUAAACGAAGCUGCCGAGAACACCUAUUGAUAAAGGCACAUGGAAUCCGGGAUUGUUUCGGGAUGAAUGGGUACGUGUACAUGAAUGGGGACAUUGGGAAGCUCCAACCAGGGGCGGUUUAUCCAGCCACCCCUGAACCUUUGGGUUCAGUUGGGGGUGCAAUUGGAAACACUCCAUCCAAUUUGGAAUAUAACGUCAUGAACGGUGCUCCAAGUGGAAAUGAAUUAAUAUUAGAGGCAGGUGUUGGUAACCUAGAGCCUUCGCCGCAACAUGCUAUAGGUAUAGGAGGUGCAGCAGGUUAUGGUCCAGUGGAUGUUGCUGCUUUAGGUGAUGUGCCAAAUCCACCUGCCUCAAUGGCUGAUUUAUCUUCUCCUGGUAUACCUUUGGAACAACUAAAACAGAUGCUCUCUUCGCAACUUGAAUAUUAUUUCUCCAGAGAAAAUUUAGCUAACGAUACAUAUUUAUUAUCGCAAAUGGAUAAUGACCAAUAUGUACCAAUAUGGACAGUAGCGAAUUUUAAUCAAGUGAAGAAAUUAACAAAGGAUAUAAAACUUAUAACAGAGGUUUUAAGGGAAUCUCCCAAUGUACAAGUUGACGAAGAAGGACAAAAAGUAAGACCUAAUCAUAAGCGAUGUAUUGUAAUACUCCGUGAAAUACCAGAUAGCACUCCUUUAGAAGAUGUGAAGAAUUUAUUCUCUGGAGAAGGGUGUCCAAGGUUUAUUUCGUGUGAAUUUGCCCAUAAUAGUUCUUGGUAUGUAACAUUUGAAUCUGAUGAAGAUGCUCAGAAGGCCUAUAGGUUUUUACGUGAAGAGGUUCGGGAGUUUCAGGGAAAGCCAAUAAUGGCGAGAAUCAAAGCUAAACCAAUGAAUAGGCUACCGAUACCAGCAGUUGCUGGGGUGGGUGGUAUUAAAAAUGGUUAUAGAACUCCACCACCACCACCAGUCUAUGAUCCAAAUAGCUAUACAUCUGGUCAGCAACGCUUCAUCUAUACCAAUGGGACUACAAUGCCACAAACCACGAUGCCGCCAUAUGCCAAUCAAGUUCACGUAUACCAUCAACCAUUUUAUCAUGCUGGAAUUAUGCCAUGGGGACCGGCAAGUCCUGCUUAUUUCGAUAUGGCUGGUGUUUUUACUAUGAAUGGUAUUACGCCACAUAAUACGUUUAAGCCACACAAUACAAGAUAUAAUCCUCGAAACAGAAAUAAACAAAGAAACGGGCCUGAAAGACCAACAUUGAUGGAUGGCGGAGGAAAUAUGGUGCCAAUGAGGCGGACCUCGCAUCCACCUAUAAGUGGAGCACCAUUACCCUUAGGAGCAUCAGUUCCUACCUUUACUUCGAGCUUGGCUACAGUGAAGCCAACUUCUUCCUACCAGACCGGCACAAAGUUCCAUUCCUCGCAUACAACUAUAGUGACAGGAGAGGCUCAGUAUAAUAGCAGCCACUCCAAGGGAUCGCAGGAAAACGAUGCUCAAACUCUGGACUCUGGAGUUCAAUUCCCGCGUCAUCGUAUGCAUCGUAGGACCAAAGACCAAGAAUCCUUAUCCAAGGCUAAUAGUAGCCCCUUACCAUCGGUCAGAGAAUCUACCCCGGCCAGUAAUAAUAACACACAAUGUAACCGAGGGGCACAAUUCGAUUUGGAAGCUUCUGCUUUUCCUCCUCUUCCUGGCCUAGAUGCUGAUCUUGCAAAAUCCCAUAAUGCUUUGGUAGAAACUGUUGGUACUGAUUGUACGCAAUCGCAGAAUAGGCUUUCAGACGUAGUUAAAGGUACUGCGAAAUUGAAAAGCGUUAAAGAGAAAGAACCUGCAGGAACUUCGCAACAAUAUCAUCAACAACCGACAAGUAACAGCAGUAGGUCUGCGAGCCCAGGGUCAAGUGCUGGUGGUCAUACUGGUUCGCUAGAGGCACCGACUGGUUCUGGCAGUACGUCGACCACUCCCGUUACAUCUACAAAUACCAGCUCUAAUGCUUCUGCUAGCAACAAUGACUCCACAGACAUCGCUCUCAGCACCAUCACUCUCACUCCCCCGUCAUCUCCUGAUAAGUUUAGUCCUUUAUUAUUGAAAUGCACCGCUGACAGAUCUGUAAAGACUGACGAUACGAACAUGGUGAAUGGAGUGGAUGAGGCUGUUUCAAAUGCACACGCAGUGGAAGAUUCUGAACAAGUGAUUAGGUGCGAAUGUAAUGUCCCUACUGCCUCGCAAAAUUCCCAGUCACAAGCAGGAGUGACUUCAACCUUCCCCCUAGAUCUUACGAGGCCGAGCUAUGCCCAAGUAGCACAACACUGUCGCGAACUACCUUGUACAAAACAUAAGACGGAUGAAAGGGAUGGAAAUGUGUAAAUCAAUAUAUACUACCGCAAUGAAUUUCAAUAUUUAGCUGUUAUUCUUCAUCUGGAUUGUAUGGAUUAUGUACCACUGCUUUUAUCCUACACUGGAUAUAGUGGGUAUGAAGAAAACUUUUUACAUUGUACAGUGACUUCGCCUACAAUAAAUGUGGUAUCGAUUAACUAUGAAUCAUAAAAAAUUAUUUGAAGAAACUCUAAUUCGCCGCAUAUUUUAAAAAUACGUUUGCUGGCAGGAUAAUACAUUAUGUAGAAGAGUAUUGUUAUUGCUUUGGUUCUGUGAUUUUGGAGGUACAUAUUUGUUAGCUUGUAAAAAUGUUAAACUAAGAUAUUAAUCUUUUAAUUCCUUUCUCCUCUCCCCUUUCAUAGCACAGGGCCGUAACUGGGAAAUGUUUAUCUUUGUGCCAAACCUUGCUAUGUGCGUACAGCUUAAUAAAUGUUCAGAGUGCAACGAAACUUAUUCUCAAACAGAAUUACAAUUAAAAAAAAAUUUUUUUAAAAUAAUGUAAUUUCCAAAGCAGAUAUAUGAUAAGAAUACUUAAUUUGAAAUGAAAAAACAAUUUCUGUUUUCUAAUAAUUUUCUAUGUUUCAUUUAAACUAUUUAUAGGCAAGUUUUGUAUACUUUCCAGAAUAUUGAUGACAAUUAUAAUGAGUAAUAUAAAAAUACUAUUAAUUAAUGUACAAAGGAGAUAUUACCUAAUUUGAGUUGUUCUAGUUUUUAUGAGAAAUGUAAACAAUCAAAUGAUAGAAAAGUAAAAAGAAGCGCUACAUGCGAGAUAUAAAUUACUUGUGGCCUCGCUAUUAUGCCUCACAAUUAUAUGUAUUGAUUUUCGUUAAAUAUUAACAGCGAGAAAAUAAGGAUUAUAAAUGCAUAUUACAAACGUUAAAUAUAUUUUAAGGAUCUCGCUAACGUAUUGUCUUAUUAUUGAUUAGUAACAGAAACAAUUGAAACAUUUUAUUUUACAGUUGUUUUUUUAAGAACAUUGAUUAUACAAGAUGAAAAUACUUGUAUAAUAUAGGAUCUUAACGCUUCUAAGUUUAUUGGUAUAUCGUUUUUAACAUCGAGCAGAAGUUAAUAUACGUUGGUUUGUUAUAUUUUCUGUAUUGAAUUUCAUACAUAUACAACAAUUGAUAUUUUUAAUGAUGAAAUUCAUUAUUAGUAUAUAUAUUCUCUAUUAAAUUUACGGAGAACAUUAAAACAAAGAAAAUGUAUUUAAAAAAUAUUAAUUAUAUUACAAUCAUACUAUAAUCAUUACAUUGUAAGGCAAACAUAUAAAUUUGAUAUAUUUGUUCCUGAAAUUAUCGAUAGUUAUUAAGACACAGUAUGCACACGAUACAGAAAAACAAUGUAACAGAAAAAAUUUAUACUAGGACAUUAGUAUACUCUGAAAAUAUAACAUUCCAUGUUGCCUCAAGUACAUUCUAGUCUCUACUAGAAGCUUUAAAAUUUAUAUUCCAAGUGAAUCAGAAAUAGUAAUAAACUACGUGUUGUUAUUGAUAUUCUGGAAAUCAUACUUACAUAGAUUUUAGUUUUGCGUUCAACUUAAAAAUAAAAAAAAAGUAUACAUUGUUAUGAUGUUUAGUCACCUAUUUACGGCACUGACUUUUCUUUUUAAUAUUACUGUUACAUGAGAUAACAUACGAUUUAGAAUUAUGCUUUGGCAAGUAAUAUAAGAGUUGUCAGAAGUGUAUGGUCUUUGAGCACACAUUUAAGUGCCUCAAAAUGUUGUGUAUAUUACAGGAGCUUGGCUUUAGAUGUUAUACAAUUACAUGUACCUAUACAUUAUAGUAAAAAACGCAUAUGAUAUAUUUGUUACUGAUAUGCGUACAGAAAUUGAAAUAAUGGAUAUUUAAAAAAAAACCAAUCUCCUGAACUAUAAAACAAUUACCAACAUGUAUAAUUAUACUUUACAUUUAUGAUACUGCCUUUUAAUUUUUUUAUAUCUGAAACGAUUAGCCACAAUGUUGGAACUACAGAAAAAUUUAUUAUCAGCUGUAAAUGCAUUAAGAUAUUAUUUGAGUUUAAAUCGUGGUGCUGUAAACACUUUGCUUUAGUCUCAGUCUUGUAGCACAACUUACAUUAAUUGUAUCUCGAUGAUACCGUUAAAAAUAUGGUGUAACACGGUUGAUUACAUCAAGAAACAAGUAUGAUAUAUUUAAUAUACACACAUAAAAAAAUAUCUUUUCAUUGGUAAAUUCACUCGUUUGAAAUGUUCAAUUUAAUAUCUCUAAAUACAAUUGAUUUAUAUUUAUCUUAAAUCAGCUAGAUCCUCGUUUUUUUAUCGGCUUCUUUUUCUGAAUUGUGUUUUUCAAAAAAAAAGUUAUACGAAUCUACGGCAAAGUAAAAAUAUUUCGAUGAUACUAUUUAAAAAUAUAAAUCAUACCAAUGCAAUAGGUGAAAUGAAAAUAAUUUUAUCCGCAAGGCACAAUCGCAAAUAGACACUACUUAUUCGAUCGAGUAAACGUUAAAAUCAAUCAAAAUCUGUAAUUAAUCUUUUAAAAUUUGCAUUCUUGUAUUUUUUAAACAUUACGUCAGUAAACAUAGCAAUAAACAAUACAUGGAUAUCAAUUUUUAAUUACCUUAAUUAAUGAUAAAGUUUGCCUUCUGCACUCAUAUACAGAAAAAUGAAAUCGUUUCAUAAAAAUUACAAGUCAUGUACACGGUAUCUUUAUCCAAAGAAGGUUGCAUCUUCUAAUUCUACGUGUCUUCUUAAUAUUACAAGAGUAGUCAAAUGAAGAAAUAUUUUACAAUCAAACGGUACAGUAAUUUCUCAACAUAUUUUUUAGUUUAUAUGUAAUGCCAAUUCACGAGAAUUUACCGAUAAAAAGAUUCCUAUAAAUACGAAAAAUACAUAUGUAUUAAAAAAAAUUGGAUAAGCAUUAAUAUUUCUUGAUUAUAGAAUUUUAGAAAAUGUAAACAAUAUUACAGUGAUUUGUCUUACUUUAUGCGUUAUCCCAUAAAUUAUGUAUAGCUAAUUAUGUGUAUGCUUUGAAUAUUUGUUUUAAUUACCGCUACGAAUUAUAUGUAAAAAAUUUGAAAGUUGAUUCCUCUCUAUACAUUGUCUUUAUUAAAUGUAUGGAACUUAAUGUAAGAAACGUUAAACUGUUGGUAUAUAUUAUAUACCUGUACGAUACAAAGUAAGAAACAGACACACCAAUACCUUGGAUCUUAACAAUCAUUUGUCUUGUCAAAAAUAGUAGUUAACCGUAAUUAGUCAAAUAUAUUUGAAAUGUUUAUUUUAUAAAGUGAAUCAGAUAAAAUGAAAAUCCUUAAAUGCAUAAGAAGAGUUUAGGUAGCGUAACUUGCACUGGCAAUGUAUUUAACUUAAGGUAUGUAAUGAUUUCGUAUAAAAGUAGCUCCAAUGGUCCAGGGUAAGGGUGACAUACUGGGAUAAAAUUGUGAUUGGAAUGUAUGGAAAAGGUAUAUUAGAAUUCCGUUCUUUUUUAAUAAUCCCGUCACAAAACCGUGGCUGAUAAACUUACGUUAACUCAUUCAUCAGAAUAAACUGUGAUUAGAUUGAAGUCCAACAGAAAUACAAUGUAUAAUGUACUCCGUUUCAUAGGCUGCAGGCCUAGAAAGUCUGAUUUUUUAACUACUAUGAGAACUUGUGUAUUAUAAUAUGAUCUACGACGUUUGUUUAUUACUAUGUAAAGUGACAAAUUUCAAAAUUAAACAUUAAUUACUGUUA